UGUCACUUCACAUUGAUGUUACGCGUUUUGUGCCGAACAAAAAAUUUCCGAACGAAUUAUGUGAUGUCGAUUGUGUACACGGCAUAAUUUUUGUCAAUUUUUUUUCAUAAAAUGUAAAGUGAAUAAUAACAUUGUAACAAUAACAAAACAAAUCAUGGCAUUCGUGAGUGCCGUAACCGGAGAUGAUUCAACAAAGAAGUUCAUGGAAGUCCUUCAGAACGACUUUAAAAAUUUAAGUUUGGAGACCAAGAAGAAAUAUCCUCAGAUAAGAGAGGCUUGCGAUGAAGCUAUAGAAAAAUUGUCUUUAGCCUCUAAUAAUCCACAAGCUUCACUGUAUGGUGUUGUUAAUCAAAUAUUGUAUCCAUUGGUGCAAGGUUGUGAAUCAAAAGAUUUGAAAAUUAUUAAGUUCUGCCUAGGGACUAUCCAGCGGUUAAUAGCUCAGCAAGGGAUAGACGCGAAAGGCGCAAGGCAUGUGGUGGACUGCUUGUACAAUCUAGGCCAGGCCGGGGUCUUAGAGCUAAAGUUGCUUCAAACUGCUGCUCUGUUGAUGACUACCUCUGAUUUGGUACAUGGAGACACGUUGGCACGGACAAUGGUGAUGUGUAUGAAGAUGGUAUCUACAACGGAGACAAGGGAUAUUAGCACGAGUCACGCCGCAGCCGCCACUGUGAGGCAGCUCGUCGCCUUAGUGUUUGAGAGGGCACUUGCUGAGGCAGAUGGUAAUCUAAAAGUGAAUCCGGCCGAUGUUAGAUUGCAGAGUAAUAACAAAGCGCCAAAGGACCUCAAACCGUGUGCCGUUGAUGCCUAUCUUAUUUUGCAAGAUAUAAUUCAGUUAAUAAACGGUGACGCCGCCCACUGGCUCGUCGGCAUAUCGGAUGUGCCCAAGACAUUCGGCCUGGAGUUACUGGACACAGUACUUACUGACUUCUCACCGGUUUUCUUCAAGAUAUCCGAGUUCAGGUUCCUGUUGAAGGAGCACGUUUGCGCGCUGAUAAUCAAACUGUUCUCACCGAACGUCAAGUACAGGGCUGCGUUGACGGCCCUGCACAUCCCAGGGGCCGCGGGUGCGAACGGGGGCGGAACACCCGAGCGCCCGCACUUCCCCGUCACGAUGAGGCUACUCAGACUCGUCUCAGUGAUCCUGCACAAAUACCACUCUUUACUUGUGACGGAGUGCGAAAUAUUUCUGUCGCUGACGAUAAAAUUUCUAGAUCCCGACAAGCCGUUAUGGCAGCGAGCCUUAGCUCUAGAAGUUUUACACAAGAUGACAAUACAGCCAAAGCUGCUGAAGUCGUUCUGCGACUGCUACGACAUGAAGCCGCACGCCACCAACAUCUUCCAGGACAUCGUGAACGCGCUGGGCGCCUACGUGCAGAGCCUGUUCGCGUCGCCAGGAGCGGCCGCGCCCCCCGGUACAUCGGCGAUACCCCAGCAAUCGGGGUUCUACUGCAAGGGAGUCUGGCUGCCGCUCUGCGUCACAUUCGAGCGUGGUACAGCCAAGGCUGUCUACAUAGAGAUGCUGGAUCGAACCGAGGCCCCCACGAUCCAAGACGGAUACGGCAUCUCCGUCGCCUACGCGUGCUUGAUGGAGAUCAUACGUUCCAUAGCCAUAACCGUGGAGGGGUCCGAGUACUUCAGGUUACAAGAAAUGUAUGAAGAUCUUCAUGACGGCGAUGAAAAAGAACUCAAUUCAAAUAAAACUAACACAGACACGGCCACGACGGAGCAGAACUUAACCAGUAACGGGCACAGCGUCGAAGCUGAUCAGAAUUCGAACGUAGUUCAAGCGGCCUCCGACGAUAGCGACAAAGAAACGGAGCUGAGAUUACAGUUGUUAAAGUCUUCGUGGUGCGGCCUGGUGUGGGGCUUGUCAGUGCUGGCCGACGCGAGCAUCGGCGAGCUGGAGAACAUACUGCGCGCCAUACAGACGCUGGCCAGGGUCAGCGGCAAGGUGGGCGUGUCUGCGGGGCGGGACGCGUGCGUGGGCGCGUUGUGCCGCAGCGCGCUGCCCGCGCAGUACGCUGCCGGAGCCCUGGGCGCGUGCCCCUGGAGGCGCGAGCCCGCCGCGCCCGAGCCCGACUGCCGGCACCACGUCGUGUGGGUCGGGACGCCGCUGCCCUCGGCCGCGCCGGCCUCUGGACAGCAGCAGUCCUUCGUGAUGGUGACGUCAAGACACGUGACCGCCAUGAAGGCGCUACUGUGCGCGGCGCAGCGCGACGGUGACGUCAUACAGCAGGCCUGGUUCCCGGUUCUAACCACGCUGCAGCAUUUGGUCUGGAUCUUGGGUCUGAAGCCGUCGACAGGUGGCAGUAUGAAGGCCAGUCGCGCCAGUGCAGACGCCAACGCGGUAAUGAGCACGUCCGCGGUAAUGGCAGACUUGCCCGUUCAGCAAGUUCCCGUCGCAGAGUCCCUCGGAGUCAUGAGCGCUCUGUCAGCAAUGCUGUCCCGGGUGUUCGAGUCUUCCAAGGACUUGGACGACGUGGCUCUGCACCACCUAAUCGACGCGCUGUGCAAGCUCUCCAAUGAGGCCAUGGAACUGGCCUAUUCGAAUCGGGAGCCAUCGUUGUUUGCCGUUGCGAAACUUCUAGAAACAGGCCUAGCGAACAUGCACCGGAUAGAGGUGAUGUGGAGGCCCAUCACCAACCACUUGUUGGAGGUGUGUCAGCACCCGCACAUCAGGAUGCGGGAGUGGGGAGUCGAAGCCAUCACGUAUCUAGUUCAAGCAGCAUUCCAGUACCACCAUAAUAAUCCCGUUCAUGUAACUGAUGCCCGGUCCCGGCUGCUGCUGGAGCCGCUGGCGGAGCUGUGCUCGGUGCGGCACGCGGACGUGCGCGCGCGCCAGCUGGAGUGCGCGGCGCGGCUGCUGCACUCGCGCGGGGACCAGCUGGGCGCCGCCUGGCCGCUCAUGAUGCAAGUCAUCUCCGCCAUCUCCGAGCACCACAGCGAGCAGCUAAUCAGGUCGGCGUUCCAGUGCGCGCAGGUGGUGGCCGGCGACCUGCUGGGCUGCGCCGGCCCGCGCUGCCUGCGCCGCGUGCUCAACACGGCCGCCGCCUUCGCGCUGCAGACCAAGGAGCUCAACAUCAGCCUCACCGCCGUCGGACUCAUGUGGAAUAUAUCGGACUACCUGUACCACAACCGCGACAAGCUGGUGGCGGCGCUGGCGGGCGACGCGGCUGCGUGUCCCGAGGCGCCGCAGCACGACGAGCUGCCGCCGCUCGACCGCCUCUGGAUGUGCCUCUACAUCAGGCUUAGCGAGCUGUGCACGGAGCCCCGCGCCCCGGUCCGGCGCGCCGCCAGCCAGACGCUGUUCAGCUGCAUCGGCGCGCACGGGGCGCUGCUCGGCAAACCCGCCUGGCGCGCCCUGCUCGCCGUGCUCUUCCCCAUGCUCGAGCAGGUCCAGAAACAAUCGAACAUUGCGAGCUGCGAGAAGGUGGACACCGGGGAGCACAUCCUCAUACAUCACACGAGAAACACGGCGCAGAAACAGUGGGCGGAGACCCAGGUGCUCACGUUAUCGGGGGUGUCGAGAGUCUUCCACUCCCGCUUCCAACUCCUGACGACGGUGGGAGACUUCAAUAGAUCCUGGGCGAUCCUGCUGGGCUACAUAACCGACUUUGCCUUACAGAAGAGUCACGAGGUGUCGGUGGCGGCGCUGAAGUCGUUCCAGGAGGUGGUGUCGGCGGCGGGGCGCGCGGGGGGGCUGCCGCGCCGCGUGUGGGACGCCGCGUGGGCCGCCUGGACCGACAUCGCCGCGGCGCUGCCGGACCGACACCGCGAGCCCCCGGUGACGGAGGACGGCAAGCCAGGCGAGGAGUACGCGCCCUCCCAGAGCUUCCUCACGACCCUCGUGCAAAUAUUCCCGCUUAUAUUCCAGCACAUACGGCCCACGUUCACGGCGGCGGACGUGGAGCGGCUGGGCGCGUGCCUGGCGCACGUGUGCCGCAUCGAGCCCUCCGCCUCGGCCUCCGCCCUGGACGGGUCCGCCGGGCUCGCCGUCAGCCUGCACGCCCUGCACUGCCUCGACACCGUGCACAAGGAGGCGCUGGUCCGGCACGAGCUGCUGGGCGCGAUGUUCGUGGCGCUGACGUCACUGGCGGGCGCGGGCGCGGGUGCGGGCGCGCGCUGCCUGUCCGCCGCCGUGGCGCUGUACCGGGCCGCGCCGCAGCCCAGCGCCCCCGUGCUGCCGCAUCUCUUGCAGGCUCUGCACUCGGCGGUCAAGAAGUGCGGGCAGGAGAAACGUCGCAGACCCUCGGAACAAGUGGACGAGGCGUCGCAAAUAGCGGCCCUAUUACUACAGGUAUUGGAAACCGGUCUACCACUAGCGAGAGAAAAGCCAGACGACUACAAAGAGUUCUGGGAGACGCUUCCCGGAGUGCUCGAGACGUUCCUGUUUGAGCCACCUACGGGGAUGGGCGCGGGUGCGGGCGCGCUCGUGGCGUGCGUGCGCGGCGCGGCGCUGGCGGGGCGCGUGCCGGGCGCGGCGCUGGGCCGCCUGCUGGCGCUGGUGCGGGCCGCCGCGCUGCACCACGCGCCGCCGGACCGCACGCAGACCGACCAAGAACUGAAAGAGAGGGAAGAAUUCGCCCGGACGUGCUUCGAGACGCUACUGCAGUUCUCUAUGGUGGAGAACGUCGACUCCAUUUCCGGGGAUGACAAUGAUUCUGACCCGCUAGCCAUAAUGACGUUGCUGGACAGGUUCCAAGAGAUCAUAAUGAAGUAUGCAGAGGAUGAGCACGACACAGAGCCUCUGCCAAGACAUCAACUAUCGGAGAUAUCGUUUGUACUGAAAGCCAUAGCGACGCUGGCGGAGUCCAUGAAGAAAGCGCCCCCCGGGAAAGUGGACGCGGCGGCCUGGCGGAAGUUAAUAGACGCGUAUGGUGGGUUGGCGCGGCUGGCGGCGAGCGGGCGGGCGCGGGGCGCGGGGGGCGCGCUACGGGCCGCGCUGUUGCACUACGCCGCACUAUUGGCGCCGCCCUAGGCCCGCACACAACGAGCCGAGCCGCCCUCAUUCCAAAAAUGGCCGAACUAUAUAACGUAUGACGUCACUUCGGGCCACAACUAAAGGCUUCGUCUAACAGAACGCGUACUUAGCGCCGCGUUUUAACGGCGCGCUCUUUACACGUCACACAAAUCGACUAGAUGAACCCAACGCUACUUGACGCGACGUAACAUCCGCCAAAUCAUAGUGCCUUUCGAUAGCAGUCUGAAAAUUUAAAAGUAUUAAGAUGUCGAGUGAUUCAGAUGUGGCAUGGGUAUUUUCUAACUAAUUCUAUUAAUUAUUCGGGCAUUAUCCAGUAUUUUAAUACAAAUUCACUCGGAGGCUAAAAUAAAAUUCAACACAUCUCGGCGCGCGUUAAGUAUGCGCUCUGUUUGACGAAGCCUUAAGAUCUUGCACUAACACACGAAGACUAAAACGUUUAGUGAAUUAAAAUAUAAGUAAUUAAUGUUAAACGAUGAAUAGUGGUUUAAAUGAUUGCUUUAAAUUAUUCAUAGUUCCCUGUAAGUACUUUCCCUUUGCCUAUCUAGAUAGGUUAAAAAGUAAACAACGCCAUCUUGCGCCAGUGAGGCGUAAUUUUUACUAUCCCAUAGAAGACUUUGUUUACUGAAGAUUUAAAUUUUUGAAAUGCAUGAUCCCCUAUGAUCCUUAUUUAGCAGAACAAUUUUGAAUGAGAAUUUUUAUUUAAGUGUAGUAGCAUGUAUUUGCUUUAUUAGUUUUGAAUUUACAAAUAUUACUAAUGAUAUCCAAUUAAUAAUUUGAUUCAGUAUUUACGAAGCACUGUUUUAAUUGACAUUUACAGCAUUGCGAGUCGUUUUGAAAUAAACACACACACAAAUCUACCUUCUAAAAAAUAUAAUAUUUAUAUAUUAACUUAAAAAAAUACACAAAUACAGCACUUGAACAUUCAAUCGAACCUGUACAAAAUGUAAAUUUGUUCAUUAAUAAAAUUAAACAAAAAAAUCGUAAUAAAUGUCUUUAAAGUUGUGUCAUUUUCUUUGUAAUUUAAUUUAGAAUUAUACCAAUACUGUUAUUAGAUAUUCGAUGCGGAAUGAUAUGAAUUUAAAAAAAAAUAUUGUCAAGUAAUUUGACAUAAGUAAGUACUGAAAGGAAUGUCGGGUGGUACUGGUGGUAGACCUCUUGUGAGUCCGCGCGGGUAGGUACCACCAGCUUCCCUAUUUCUACCGUGAAGCAGCAAUGCGUUUCGGUUUGAAGGGCGGGGCAGCCAUUCUAACUAUACUGUUAUAAUUAUACUAAUUUAUUCUUACCUUAGAACUUUAUAUCUCAAGGUGGGUGGCGGCAUUUGCCUUGUAGAUGUCUAUGGGCUCCAGUAACCACUUAACACCAGGUGGGUUGUAAGCUCGUCCACCCAUCUGGUUUUUAUCAGCAAUAAAAAAGUCUGGUGUCAGUACGGAGAACCCUUUACGUAGUAAAAUUAAACAAAAAUCUCAUUGAAAUAUCUAUAACGUAAUAUUAUUGCAUCUUGCACUGCGCGCAAUAGAAUUGAAAACAUGGUGCACGGGUCAACGACCCUAUUGCGAAGACUCUUUCGCUUGCCGCCCCACUAGAUGUGCGUCUUGAAUAAUUAAAACGAAAAAUAUUCACUCAAAGACGAAGUUAUCAAACCGUAUAGUAGGCUAUUUUUUUUUAUAUUGUGUUAUAUGAAAAACAAUAUGGAGCGAAAAAUUAUAUAAAGUUGAUUUGAUACUGCAAUCAAUUGGAAUUAAUAUUAAUGAAACGAGAUGAGAUGGGAUGAAAUAUAAUCUCAGUAAAAUGGUAGUAAAAUACGUACUAAAUAGUAAACGGUAAAAUACUGAGAAUUAUUCAGUGGACUUUUUUGAUAAACCCGAUAAGUUACAUCUAGCGGCUUUGUUUCAUUUUCCCACAUUUGUGCACUUUCUCAGAUAUUAAACAGUUAAUAAACCACCGUUAUUACACAUUUUAAACCUGAAGAAAUACUAAAUAGACAAAAUAAAACAAAACACAAAAACUUCACUCCUCGCGUUCCCGCCAAAAAGUCCCCAAAAAAAGACAAGUAUCACAUCUCACAGAUUAAAUAUCUUUGAGGCAGAGGCUACACUUUUUACAUGCCAGUGAUUAUGUUGAUGCUUUGAAAAUCACAGUAAAUAAAUAUAUAUUUUAAUAUGUUUUAUUUAUUUAUUAUAUGUUAUAAAUAUGUUUUCAGAUAUUUUUUAGUAACCACUAAUUACUUUUUAUUCAAUGCCUAUUGCGCCUCAGCGAUAUACGAACUCAAGACAAUUACAAUCAUUUCUAUUGUUAGGUUACUGUACUGUAAAACUGUGACUUAGAUCUCAGGUCUUAAGGUACGUUGCGGAAUUUACGUUGUUGAUGUCCAUGGGCUCCGAUGACCGCUUAACACCAAGUGGUCGGUGAGCUCGUCCACUACCUAAGCAAUAAAAAUUGUAGGUAUUAAGGUAGAAGCCAUACCCCGUUCCCUUUGCACCCUGUAUACAGCCUGUUAUUCCUUACCACUCAAUUAUGUACAAGUUACCAACACUAUUGAAAUAAAUAAACAUUUUACGAAUUCGUCUUUAUAGGCCUAUUUAGAUUCACAGUCGAUUGAAUUUAAUUUAAGAAAUCAUUUUUUUUAUUUUUUAUUUCAAAGUCGAUAGCGGUAGCCAUAUUGUUCAUAAACAUUAGCUUUAAGGUAAAUUUCAUGAUGUGAUUAUAUUUGUUUUAUAGAAAAAUGAAAUAAUAAAAUGUUCUUUAUUGUUUUCAUUACUUUCCUCUUCAUAUUAAAUGUUUUAUUUUUAUUUAUUUUGGGAAAAUAUCACAACGUGAAACUUAAUGAAACACAAUGUAAAUAAAACUUCCAUUUUCACUGUUUGUAUUCAGAUUUUUUUAUUUAAAUAAAUGUUAAAUAGUUGUCAUUUUUGUGUUGAUGUAAUCUGAUUACAUCUGUAUUUGCGUGUGAAUAAAUAUAUUAACUGAC